AUGAAUAGAAGUAGCAAUAUUGAUAAUGAUCAAGUUAUGCUAAUGCAAUCUGCAUCGUUAAAAAAUCAUACAAUUUAUCGAAUGACAAUAAAUCCGACAAAAAGGCCUAAAAGAAAAUGGAAACGAAAAAAAAACCUCAGUUAUAAAUUUCUUAUUUUUGAUAAUAUGAUUGAUUUCAUCGAAAUAAUGCUUCGAAGAGGAUUAAACUUAGGUCGUCGUACUCGCGGAGCGGAAACAGGGCGACGAGUAAUUCUGAAUCAAAUUGCAGAAGAACAGGCAUCAGUGAACAGCGAAACAGGCAAAGAAUGGCUCAAAUAUAUGCCGAAGAAAUAA